AUGUCUGACAAUGGAAACUACACUUGCGUUCCGGUCAUCAAAUGGCUGAUCAGAAACAUCCGCAACGACGGCGUCGAAGGAGAUGGAAUCGCCACCUGGAACGCCAUCCUGAAUCUGCGAUUCCCAUCUACACAAGGCUUCUGCAUUCGCCCGUAUAUCCACUGCGCUGUACGUGGAAAUCUAGGCUGGGUCGAGCUUCAACUUUCCCAUUUGAAAGACGGCCGCCAAGAUCCAGUUCUUGUUCUGUACUAUCAGCGCGUUGAUAGGCAGAAUGAUAACCAGUGGGAAGAUGGACAGAGAGAACUGGAGCUGUAUCUUGCGUUUCGGUACCGUCACUUCACAGAAGAUGCGGCUCCUAUCUAUGGCAUCCUUGCGAUUGGUGCCAAGUUGAAGGUCUUCGAGUACGAUACUCCCUCCCGCAGUAUCGAGCGAUUUGUUCCGCCUUGGGAUUUGGACCGUCAUGAUGAGCAGGUUUGGAAUAUGCUCAGGAAAAUCAACAGGGACCAUACCGGUAGUGGUGGCUAUGAAAAGACAGGUGUGAAGGCUGAGUCGGGUGGGCAUGGGUAUGAAAGGCUGGAGAUUUUCUGUUGA